AUGCAGAUGCAGAUGCAUCAUGGACCGCCGGGACCUGCGCGCCCUCCGGUCCCGCAGUCAUUUUCCUCGUCGCGCCAGACUCUGCUGGCGCAGACGGAGGCGGUCUGGAUCCAACUUGGCAAUCUAGCCGAGCAGAUGGGUAAUCUCGAUGACGCGAUGGCUUCGUACGAGCGUGCGCUCCGAACUAACCCGAAUUCGAUUCCCGCCAUGAACGCCAUGAGCUCGGUGCUCAGAACCCGCGAGGACUUCCCUAAGGCCGCCGAGUACCUGAAUGCGAUUCUGAAACUGGACGAGAGGAACGGAGAGGCGUGGGGCUGCCUGGGACAUUGCUAUUUGAUGAUGGAUGACUUGCAGCAAGCCUACAAUGCCUACCAGACAGCCUUGGUUCACCUCCCAAAUCCCAAGGAGCCCCGUCUUUGGUAUGGCAUCGGCAUUCUGUACGAUAGGUAUGGCUCGCUGGACCAUGCCGAAGACGCGUUCGCGCAGGUUAUGAAGAUGCAGCCGGACUUUGAUAAGGCCCACGAGAUUUAUUUCCGGCUUGGUAUUAUCUACAAACAGCAGGGGAAGUACAAUGAAUCGCUCGAGUGUUUCAAGUACAUCGUGAACUCACCGCCCACCCCUCUCACAGAGGAGGACAUCUGGUUCCAAAUUGGCCACGUCCAUGAGCAACAGAAAGACUUCGAGAACGCAAAGAUCGCAUACCAUCGAGUCCUCGACCGUGACCCCAACCACGCCAAGGUGCUCCAACAGCUCGGAUGGCUGCAUCACACCCAGAGCCAGCAUUUUGAUAGCCAGGAGCGAGCCAUCGAGUAUUUGGAGAAGUCUGUGGCUGCUGAUAACUCGGACGCGCAAAGCUGGUAUCUUUUGGGCCGCUGCUACAUGCAGAUGCAGAAAUACCCCAAGGCAUAUGAAGCCUAUCAGCAAGCCGUGUAUCGGGAUGGCCGGAAUCCCACCUUCUGGUGCUCCAUUGGUGUGCUAUACUACCAGAUCAAUCAGUAUCGCGACGCGUUGGAUGCCUACUCGCGCGCCAUUCGUCUGAACCCCUGGAUCUCAGAAGUCUGGUACGACUUGGGCACAUUGUACGAGUCGUGCAAUAACCAGACUGCGGAUGCCCUUGAUGCGUACACUCGCGCUGCUGAGCUUGACCCGAACAACCCCCAUAUUAAGACCCGGCUGGAGCUGCUCCACAGCGGACAAGCCAGUCGUGCCCCGCCCGGACAGCCCACUGAUGUUCAUCCACAGGCGUACCAAGCUGCUGGCGCCGUUGGUCCCCCGGGACCACAAUGGGCUGGUUCUGGUUCUGGGGCGGCGCCUCCGCCGCCGCAGCAGCCGAUGCUCAACGGUGGCCCUCCAGGCCCCGGGCAGGGCUCGUGGGGAGGUAGGAUUUCGGAUAUUAAUCCUCCCCCCCAGCCGCGGAACCCUUAUGCUGCCGAUCGUGAGCCGUUUCGUGGGCAGCCGCCUCCCGGUCAACGACCUGCCAGUCCCCAACAGGAGCAGAUGAGGCCGUACCAAGAUGUCAACCGGUUACCAGAUCAGCACAGACGUGGUCACUCCCCUCCACCUCCAGCCCAUUACGCGGCUCCCCAGCCGCCUCCCCCUCCUCAGCAAGCCCAGCAGCCUCCUCAGGGACCCCAGCCCCCUCGUGUCCGAAACCCGAAUUACGGGGGCCAUACCCCGGCAGCGGUCCUUCAGCCCGCCUCGGCCCCUGGCCCCGGCGUAGCUCCCUCGAACCCGUUGAUGCCCUACCGCACAGGCAGCCCCCGUAACGAUGGUCGACCGCCCAUGCAUGAGAACCGCAUGCCAUCUCCCAAGUCGGCAUAUCCCCAGCAACAGCCUCCAUACACAGCACACCCUGAUCAUGCAGGCCCUCACGGUCCUGAGCCUGGUGUUGCGCUUCCCCCGCAGCCUGGCAUGCCUGCGGACCCAUCUCUUCAUCGCGAGCAUGAUGCUCGUCCGUCCUCCGUCGGCCCGAAGAGGAUGCGCGAGUGGGAGGACGAGCGAGAUGUCAAGAAGAUUACGACCGAGGAGACACGAGCACGCAUGGAAGACAUCCGCCAUCGUCGUCCCUCCACACCUACCCGUCUCGAGUCGUAUCGCCGUACCUCAUCCGAAGCUCGGCGCUUUGAUGAGCGACGCAUGGAGGAGCAGCGUCGUGCGGACGAGAUGCGCCGCGCAGACGAACAGCGCCACGGAAACGAGGGUUACCAUCCUUCCGAGGCCGCCCACCAGCCACAGUCGCACUCAAUCCCCGGUCACUUGCCGCCCAUGCAGCAAGGCCCGUCCGCCAUGCAGGGUCUUAUGCAUGAGGGGUCUGGCUCUCAGGCUGUACCUGCCAAGAAGGAGUAUCCUUCGGGACCGGAGGAGAGGCGGAUGGAACACCCGCCUGCUGCCCACCCUCCCAUGGUCAGCGAGCCUGAACGAGCCGCUCGUACAAUGGACGUGGAUGAAAAUUACGAUGACAGUGGCGAGGAAGACAAGAAAGUCAUCGUUGGUCCGAGUUCCGCCCCUGGCGCCGCGACGGCAACGGAGUUGAAGAAUGGAACGCCCACUAGCGCUAGCAUGAACGGAAACUGA